AAUAUGGUUUCUCUUUAUUUUAUAAUCAUUUUAGUAUGUUGCUUGAGUAUUUCAAUUGUAUUCUGUAAAUCGCCGUUUUUUACUGGACUCACUAUUAGUCACUAUGUUAGCCUCAUGAAAAUUAUAUUUUUUCAUAUUUAACUGGAAGAUUCUUUACUCGAUUCUUGCCGUGAUAUUAGUAAUUAUAGUAUACUAAAAUAUACAUAACCCCACUGCUGGUCUCAGAUGUGACACGUGUUAUAGAUGAAAAGUCGCUACGCUGUUUACGUGCGCUGACGUGACGUCAUCGGGGCGGUUUCUGCCCAUGCUCACCGAGCGGCAGGGAGAUCGGCCCGACUGCAGCCGAUUAGAUGCCUCGCAGUGAUGUAACGUCGCCUGCUCGGUGACUCCGGAUGGCUGUCUGUGCCAGGCUCUGCGGAGUGGGUCAGUCGCGGAGAUGCCGGAGGCGACAGGGGCAUAAUCAGCAGGACCAGGGCAGCGAUUCGGACAUGGAGGAGGAAGAAGAGGAGCAGAUCGUUGGGCCGACGCAAGGCGACGGAGGCGCAGCAGGCGCCGCCGCUGCUGCAGGGCCGAGUGUUGCUCGUGAAGAUGGCAGCUGUCAUGUCAACAGAGCAGGCGCUCUGGAUCGCGGCGGCACGGGACCUCCGCGCCCGCAGUCGUUAGCGGAUUUACCGCCGGAGCUCCUGGUGGAGAUAUUCUCCCUGCUGCCCGGAACAGCGCUACCGAGUGUCGCCCUCGUAGGCAAGAAAUUCCGACAAAUCCUCAACACAGAAACCAUCUGGAGAAGGCGGUGCAUGGCAGAGUUUGAUAUGAAGGAGGAUCUGAGGAGGAUGGAAGUUGGAGGAGUAUCCAGCCGGGACCUCUAUGUUGAACGUGUCAACCCACGGGUGAAGUCCGGGCGCUUUAAGAAGCUCCUUCCGGACUACGAGCGCAUGGACUAUAAAGACGUGUACAAACGCUUGCUACACCCGUUCAGACAUAUCUUGGGCUUAUGGCAGCCUGACAUAGGGCCUUACGGGGGAUUGCUCAAUGUUGUGGUGGAUGGGCUGUUCAUCAUCGGCUGGAUGUAUUUGCCACCUCACGACCCCCGUGUGGAGGAUCCCAUGAGAAGACGGCCGCUCUUUCGUAUCCACAUGUUGGAGAGCAAUAAGGCCACCAUGGAGUGUAUGUACGGACACAAGGGGCCACACAAAGGAGACAUCCAGACUGGGAAGAAGGAUGAGUUUUCAACAAAGUGUAACCAGACUGAUCAUCACCGCAUGCCAGGAGGCAGACAGGAGGAGUUCAGGACGUGGUUGGAGGAAGAAUGGGGCCGGACACUUGAAGAAAUCUUCCACGAGCACAUGCAGGAGCUCAUUCUGAUGAAGUUUAUUUACACUAGUCAAUAUGAUAACUGCUUGACAUACCGGAGGAUCUACUUGCCACCUUUGAUGCCCUCUGACCUUUUCCAUCCGGGCCUCUUCAAAGGCACCUACGGCAGUCAUGGCUUGGAGAUCGUCAUGCUCAGUUUCCACGGGAUCUAUCUGAGAGCCACCAAGCUCACUGGAGACCCCAAUGUUCCUGCAGGGCAACUCACUUUAGAUGUUGACCUGAGCCGGCCUGUCGUCCUGCCAGACUUGGAGCACCAGCGCAACAUAGAGGAACUGUCCCGCCUGGUACUGGAGGUCCACGCAGAGGUCCAGAGAGAAGAGCAGGAACAGGCCAAGGACGCUCCUGCCGCAAGCCGAGGGGCAGCAGAGGGGGCCUGCGGUAACGCCAGUGCAGCCAAUUGGGUGGAGGAGGGCCGUGUUGCCUGUUCACACAGUUGCCAGCCCGGCCCCAGCACCAGCACCAGUCCUCCCGAAGCCCAGCCCUUUGUCCUGCCCCUGGGAGUUAUGGCACGCAAUGAGGUCUACCCGCGCACCUGUAGAAAAUGCUUCUAUGGUACAGGCCUGAUCGCUGGUCACGGCUUUACGAGUCCCGAGCGCACCCCGGGGCUCUUUGUGCUGUUCGACGAGGACCAUUUUGGCUUCAUCUGGCUGGAGUUGAAGUCGUUCAGUUUGUACAGCCGGCUGACGGACCAACUAGCUCACGCUCAUGCCCCAAAUAUGAAGAGAUUUGAGGCCAUGCUGUUUAACAUGCAGUCCUGGACAUCCUGAUGCACCACGUUCUAAGCUUCACCCCACAACACAAUGCAUAAAAGCAACCAUUUUACACAAAUAAUCUCCUGCCGCCCUUUGAGUCGUGACCUAUGACUCACCGCGAUAGCUCAUCGCCGCAAUUGUCCCCGUGUUAUUGGUAUGUUUCUCAAACAUUUGGUUUUAUUGUUUGGUUGUAUCACCCUGAUCUAGCGCUCUUAUGCUCCUGUUCCCAUGCAAGCACUUUAAAAGGCCUCCCCAGGUCACCGUUUAUCAGCCCACCUCAGAAUGACCUUUAUCCUCUACUGCAGCAUGAAAACGGGUCACAGUAAUCCUUUUUUAAAUUUAUUUAUUUAUUUCCCCCAAGGCGAAAAGGAAUGAUGUUUCUGAUUUCUUAUAUUAUGAAUCAAACUGUACGUGCCUCCGAUUCUAAAACCAUGUCUGUAACUUGAUAGCGCUUGAAGACGAUAAAAGUGUCCAAUGUAUUCUACUAUAAAGCAUUACUCGGAGUUAAGUGCCCAACAUGUUGAAAUGCAUGCUGCAUUUGGUCUUAUCUCAUCUCAUCUCACCCUUAUCUGAAUCUUUUUCCUUUGUGUAUUUUGCUUAAAAAAAAACUGCUUCUCGGAUGUUUUUCUCUUCAUCACAAAUCAGUGAAAAGUUAAUUAUUUAUGUGAAGUUCAAAAUCUUUUUGGUAGUUUGUCCAGUAAAAUACUGAGUGAGUUUCACAAUGGGGUAAUUUUGUCCCCUUUGACAAGUGAGGGUGUGCUGUCUUAUCAAAACACAGUAGAUAAAACAAUCAGCCAGUUUUGGCCCUUUUGAACUUCAUAGAUUGUGAUAUGACCUGGCUCAUGGUACUACAUCACACACACACCUUUCAUGUCAUCACGCUUGACAUAACAUUAUGUAAGUGGGAAAGAUGUGUAGUACUGCAAUAGAGUGACAUGACCUUUACAUAAGCUGGUCUGAUAUUCAAGUUAUACCGUUUAUGUGCUUGUAUAAUUAUCUGAAACUUUUCUUGAAAUGUGUUUGUUGUGUUUAAAUGGCUGACCUAUCAUUUGCCCGGCUUUCCAACUGCAAAGUUGUUCCCUCCAGUUUUCCAAAUAAUUUCCAACUUGAGACCAGGCUAUUUGCACAUUAUACAAAAUAACAGCUCAAAGUACUAAGUAAGUGUCUAUUUGUCUCCUUACAGCCGAUGAUGAUGGGGUUGCUCAGUAGCUUCCUUAGUUCAAGUGCACUUUCCUGGGCAGUAUAGUGAAUCAUUCAGCCAGCACUUUUAUAUCGGACUGCUGCUUUACUAACAUUUGCAAAAUAAAAGUGUCUGCUUAUCAAUUUUUCUUUUUUUUAUUAUUUCCUCUUAAUUUAUUUGACAUUCUCAUAUAUAUCCUAAGCCCUCUGUAGCUCGCUAUUGGAGUGAUUUGCCUUCAGAAAAAAAAGAAAUGUUACUUUCUACUAUUUACAAUGCCACACGCUUGAUUGUGGGGAAGUUUGACCUAUUGAACAGCUCAUGUCACACUUCAGGGAGCUUUUCAGCUUGAGCGCUCUUCUCAGUAAUAAAAAAUACAAAACUGA